CCCCUGGGGGGCGGGCCUCGGGGGCGGAGCCUGCUUGAGGACGGCCCACACCGCCUAGGCUUACCCGGAUCAAUGGAGUGGGCGGGGCCACACCGCUCCGCCGGGGACCGAUUCAAACUGAGGGAGGCGGGGAUUGGCUGAGUCGGGCCAGGGAGAGGAAACCACGCAGCGAUAGGCAUAAGUCAUGUGACUGGCAGGCGGAAGACCCUGUGUUCAAUUUCCAUUGAGAAACGCUGUUUAGGCAGCGGAAUCCUAAGAAUGAGAGGAGCAGUCGUUCACGGAGAGAUCGUAGCCUCCUGUGGGAAAUAGGAUUUGUGUAAGAGCAAUUGUGAACUGCAAUUGCAAGGCAGAGAUUGUGUCCGUGAGUGGAAUUAAAAAUUAAUUGGCCAACAGCUCAAGGCCGAACGGACUAAGUAUCCUCAAGAAGCAGGGUUUUGGUAGUUUAACGCCCUAAACCACCAAUAAAAUAGUUGAAUUUAACGGCGUAAUAAUCGUAAUACUGAUAAUUGAACGACGGAAUGAUUUUCCAAUGGAGGCGAAUAAACGCUGGGUAGGCGGAGCGCUCUGGAGUGACAGACACAACUUUGGACCAACGGUCAGGUGCAUUCCAGAGGGGAGGGGAGAGGCCAUGGCCGUCCCAGCCAAGAAGAGGAAGAUGAACUUCUCCGAGCGGGAGGUGGAGAUCAUCGUGGAGGAGCUGGAGCUGAAAAAGCACCUGCUGGUGAACCACUUCAAUGCCGGGGUCCCCUUGGCCGCCAAGAGCGCAGCCUGGCACGGCAUCCUGAGAAGGGUCAACGCUGUGGCCACCUGCCGCAGGGAGCUGCCUGAGGUCAAGAAGAAGUGGUCUGACCUCAAGACUGAGGUCCGUCGCAAGGUUGCCCAGGUCCGGGCCGCCGUGGAGGGUGGCGAGGCACCGGGGCCCACUGAGGAGGAUGGAGCUGGUGGGCCUGUGACAGGCGGUGGCAGUGGCGGCAGCGGCCCAGCUGUAGCCCCAGUACUGCUGACUCCCAUGCAACAACGCAUCUGCAACCUGCUGGGCGAGGCCACCAUCAUCAGCCUGCCCAGUACCACAGAGAUCCACCCCGUGGCCCUCGGACCCACGGCCACUGCAGCUGCAGCCACGGUCACCCUGACACAGAUCCCCACUGAGACAGCCUAUCACACACUGGAGGAAGGAGUGGUGGAGUACUGCACUGCUGAGGCCCCCCCACCUUUGCCGGCCGAGGCCCCCGUGGAGAUGAUGGCCCAGCACACAGAUGCAUCUGUCAAGCCGCAGGCACUUAAGAGCCGAAUUGCCCUCAACUCUGCCAAGCUGAUACAGGAGCAGCGGGUCACCAACCUGCAUGUGAAGGAGAUUGCCCAGCACCUGGAGCAGCAGAACGACCUCCUGCAGAUGAUCCGCCGCUCCCAGGAGGUGCAGGCCUGUGCCCAGGAGCGCCAAGCCCAAGCCAUGGAGGGUACCCAGGCGGCCCUGAGCGUCCUCAUCCAGGUCCUCCGGCCCAUGAUCAAAGAUUUCCGCCGCUACCUGCAGAGCAACACACCCAGCCCGGCUCCUGCCUCUGACCCUGGACAGGUGGCCCAGAACGGGCAGCCGGACAGCAUCAUCCAGUGAGGGCAGGGAUGGAGCCAGCCUUCCGCCAUGAUUGGAUGAAACCUCCGCGGUCUUACUCACCAUUGAUCACUGAGACCCUUGCAUCUCCCCAGAUCGUUUCCCAAGUUUGCUGUUUUGCUGCCGGUGCCUUGGCCACACAUGACCAAUGGUUACAACUUGAGGCUCCAGAUCUCAGCUAGACAAGUGAAGAUGCUGCCCUUCUGGGCACGAAUGUUUAGACUUGCUCAGCUCUGCUAUUGUGAUCAUAGGAAGAUGCCCCAAAGACGGUUGGGAGGUGACUGCUGUACCUUCGUCUUCUCUGUGGAGGCACACGCGCAGUGCCAGCUCCAGGGGCAUGGAGAGGGACCCAGCCCUGCGAGGGAGCUGGUGGUGGAAGGAAAGCCCUUCUCGGCCGGGCUGGAGAGCAGCAGGCCUGGAGCCUGAUGGCCCCAGCAGUGGAGCUGCAGGGACUUCCCAAGGAUUUGGGACUUGGUUUGGUUUUUCUCUGGGGUUGGAAAUCUGAGCCAAUAUUGUGUCUGUUCCAUUUGGGUAUAAAGAGAAAGCCUGGAUCACUUAAACUGACUAGUUCUUUCCAGGUCAUAAUUUUAAAUUAAAAAAAUAAUCACUUUUUUAUACAUG